CUUGAAGACUCUCUUCCAGGCCAACACCACACCAUGUAUAGACCGUAUCUGCACCAUAACAAGACCAAAGAUGGCCAACGGAAGGUCUCUCCUCCCGGGCCAUCAUACAUGUCCGACAAUCAGGUUGCAAAUUAUCUGAAGGACCUCCGCACAAAUAGACCAACCCGCCCAGGUGGAUCGAGGCCACUCCCUACGACGCCAGCUGAGUCGAAUCCUCGAGAGGACCUCCCGCCAAGGGCAGCAUCAGCGAUGUCUUCAUACUCACAUUCGAGGAUGCCGUCAACCACUACAGCGGGCGAUAGGGAGCUGCCCCGCGCUACUAGUUCUUUAUCUAACCAUCGUCCUGUAUCUUCUCGAGGAUCCAUAGGCAGUCCGGCUGGACGACCGCUGGUCCAAGAACCCCGAAUGGUACCCGUUCGGAAGAAUGUCUCGCCAACGAGGGUUUUCUCUCGUCCUAGCCCUCCAUCUCCAAACACAGCAUAUCGCGAGAGUUACCGGCGUCGAUUUGAAAGGGAGGAAGCUCAAUCCCUCCGUAAUGCACUGCAAGAGAUGGAUAUCCAAGAUGACAUUCGCCUCCAUCAAGCUGCCCAAGAUGAGGCUACGGAACUGGUUUGGAUGCACCAAAACCCUGGAUUGCCCUUCAAGAAUCCAUACGCUCCUUAUCGUAAUCCCGAUAUGGAAAGGUCCAGUCAAGGAUCAGAUAGGAGUAGCGUUUUAAUUGGUCAUACUCCCGCUUCCAGAAGUCCACAGGGGGACAGUUAUCGUCCCAGGUCAGACUACUACACGGACUCACCCAGCAAACGUGCUGAGGAACAGCAACCUGCUUCGGACGAACCAAAUUCCAGCCCCAGAAAGAAUGGCACACUCCGAAAGAAUCUCAAAGUUGACUUUUCCUUGCCUCAAAACGGGAGUCCGUCAAAACGAACAAGCAGUGGCUACGGACUGGGCCUCGGGAGUAUCAGCAAUGGACCGUCAAAAGGUGUUUUUCGAAACCCCAACGACCACAUAUAUGAAGAGCCUGGGGAGUCUCAGCAUAUGGACGAUGAACGUCCUGAUUUCUCAAGAUCCGAUUCGUCAGCCUUAAAAGUCAAACCACGUAAUGCCGUGCCUCGAGGCUCGAGACCUCUCUCUGGCCGAUUUGGCAGCCUUUCAUUCGUCGAUAAACUGUCUCGUUUUGAACUACAUAAGCAUCCCCCAACGCAGUCAAGAAAUCCUGAGUAUAAGGCCAACGAUCCCCUUCCCCAGGCAAAUCCGAAUGAUGAACAAGCCAUCCCGAAAAAAGAUGGAAUUGAGAUUCGAAGUGACGAAAUUCGAGCAGCGACAAGUAAGAAGCUCAAAGACCGAAGUACAAGGCUACCCAUGCCAACUGCUCCCACCGAAGCCCAGUCCCCAGGCAAAGGUAUCGACGUCGGAACGCGCGAAUCCGCUUCACCAACACCACCCCCUGCACCUGCUGCUCCCACAAUUGAGAUAUCUGAAGCGCCUUCUAUCCCAGUGAUUAACCUACCAGAUGACAAGCCACCUACUCUUUCUGAGAUGGCCGGGUCGUCACAGGAUCGUAAGAAAGAUGAAAGCUCUCUCCCGACCUCACCCAGCAGCAGCAAACGCUCAAAUCCAUUCCAGAGGAAAUCUCCAUCAUCGGCUCUGCAGAACCGUUGGCUAUCAACUUACAGUCGGGCUGGUGUCCCAACGGCGACGUGUGAAUCAUGCGCUCUUCCGAUUUCUGGAAAAAUUGUCACUGCUGCCGGAUCGCGUUUUCAUCCAGAAUGUUUCAUGUGCCAUCAUUGUCAGACACCGCUUGAAUGUGUGGCCUUCUACCAAGAACCCGAUGCGAAACGUCAGGAACGACUGGCAGCCGUUUCGGAAGCCGACGAGGAGGCCCGCUUGCUGAGGUUCUAUUGUCAUCUUGACUUUCAUGAAAUGUUCAGCCCGAGAUGCAAGAGCUGCAAGACCCCUAUUGAAGGAGAAGUGGUUGUAGCAUGUGGUGCUGAGUGGCAUGUCGGCCACUUCUUUUGUGCCGAAUGCGGUGAUAAAAGGAUGGUUUUGCAUGGUGUCUUCAAUGCCAUUCCCGGCGCACUUCUCCUCGAUGCUCGGGGUGCAAAAAACCAGUACUUGAUGAUGUUGUCAUCUCAGCUGUCGGAGGUCAGUGGCAUGAUGAGUGCUUUGUCUGUCACGAAUGUAGUGCCGGGUUUGGGCCGGACGGCCGAUAUUUUGUCCGAGAAGGCGAACCGAAAAGAACAGCAAAAGGCCGCAUCAUCGGAGGCCCAGUCCAGUUACCUGUAUGCGAAAGAUGCGAGAGCAUACGACUUAAGGCAUCACCUCGGAUUCGAUAACGACUGCACGAGAAACGCCGAGAAGACACGGUUUAUCAUUUAG